ACCCAAUCUCGCCUCUUCCGCCGCAGCGCCUCUCAUCCUUCACACACUCCUCACCCGCGACGCUGCCAGACCCGACCUACGCCCGCGCCUGAGAGCAACUCAAGCUUGGCCUGCGCUGCACCCCGCUGCACUCGCCCAUCAUGGAGCAGCUCUACCAGUGCUUCGUCGCGUCCUUCGAUGCCAACCCAAAUCACCGCAAGGCGGCCGAGCUCGAGCUGCGCGAGCUCGAGAAGCACGACGGCAUGCUCGCCAGCGUCCUGCAGAUCGUCGCCAACGGCGAGGCCGAGAUGAGCGCUCGCCAGGCGGCCGCCAUCUACCUCAAGAACCGCGUGCGGCGCAUGUGGGACGUCAAGCGCGUGCCCGAGGGCAGUGCCGCCUCGUCGAACAGCGUCCACAUUCGCGCCAACGACCGCAGUGCGCUGCGCGGCGCCGUGCUGCCCACACUGGUGCAGGUGCCGCAGCCGCUGCGCGUGCACGUCGCCAGCGCGCUGGGCAGCAUGGUCGCGUGCGAUUUCCCCAAGGAGUGGCCCGACCUCAUGGACCGCAUCGGCGAGCUCGUCGGCAGCUCGGAGCAGGCCGCGGUGUACGGAGGCAUUCGUGCGCUGUUGGAGGUGGUGCGUGCCUACCGCUGGCGCGAUGAAGAGUCGCUGCUCGAGCCCAUUGCCUCUGCGACAUUCCCGCGCAUCCUUGCCACGGGCAAGUCGAUUCUCGAGUCUGCCGGCUCCUCGUCGCCCGAGGCCGGCGAGAUUGUGUACGCCAUCCUGAAGGUGUACAAGACGAGCAUGGUGAGCCAGCUCACGCCGCACCAGCAAUCCAACGAGUCGAUCGUGCCGUGGGGCACGUUCCUGCUAGCCGUGGUGCAGCACCAGGUGGACCCGGCACAGCUGCCUGACGACGAGGAGGAACGCGAGGCGAGCCCUUGGUGGCGAGCAAAGAAGUGGGCCUUCUUCUCGCUCAACAAGCUCUUCAGCCGCUUCGGCAACCCCUCGCAGCUGCCGUCUAACUUGACCAAGUACAAGCCGUUCGCCGAGCGCUUCGUGACGAGCUUCGCGCCCGAGAUCCUCAAGGUGUACCUGCGGCUCACCGAGGCCAACAUUGCCGGCACGUGGCUCUCGCGCAAGGCGGUGCACUUCAUCUUCAUGUACUACACCGAGUGCAUCAAGCCGAAGAGCACCUGGGUGCUGCUCAAGCCGCACGUCAACACGCUCGUCCAGCAGUUCGUCUUCCCACGCAUGUGCUACGGGCAGGCCGACGAGGAGCAAUGGGACCUCGACGAGGUCGACUUCAUCCGCUCGCACCUCGAUCCCAUCGAGGAGUACGGCACGCCGGCGUCGAGUGCCGGCACGUUCCUGCAGACCGUCUGCGCCAAGCGCACCGAGAGCUGCUUCAUGGCGCAGCUCGAGUUCAUCACGUCCGUCAUGCAGGGCUUCCCGGCCUCGCGCAGUGCGCGCGAGAAGGACGGCGCGCUGAACAUGACGCGCGCGCUCGACAUGACGAUGCUCAAGCACCCCAAGGUCGGCGACAUGCUCGAGGGCUUCUUUGUCGCCUACGUCAUUCCGGAGCUCGGCAGCGCGGACCGCUUCCUGCGCUUCCGCUCCACCGACCUGAUCCGCACGUUCUCGGCGCAGAUGCGCUGGCGCGACCAGAAGAACCUCGAGAGCGCCUUCCGCGGCGUCAUGACGUGCCUGGCCGACUCGCAGCUGCCGGUCCGCGUGCAGGCUGCUGCGGCGCUUGGAGCGCUCAUCGAGCACGACGAUGUGCACGCCGCGAUGGCACCCAACGCCGGGCGUCUGAUGCAGGAGCUGCUCAAGCUCUCCGACGAGACGGACCUGGAUGUGCUUUCGGGCACGACGUCGAAGAUCGUCGACUCGUUCUCCGAGGAGCUGCUGCCGUUCAGCGUGCAGUUCUGCACGCACCUGCGCGACACGUACAUGCGCCUUCUGAACGAGCACCUCGCGGGAGCGAAUGUCGAGGAGGACCCGGAUCAGAUCGACUUCAACCAGAACCAGGAGGACAAGCUCUUUGCGGCCGUGGCUUCGCUGCAGACCAUGUACCAGGUGCUCUCGGCGGCCGAGGGCAAGCCGGAGAUGCAGGCCGAGCUGGAGCAGGUCAUCCUGCCGCUCGUGGCCUACACGCUGGAGAAGGAGUGUGUCGACCUCUACGACGACUGCCUCGACCUCACCGACAUGCUCACCUUCAACCAGAAGCGCAUCUCGGACGGCAUGUGGUCGAUCUUCACGCUCAUCCACAAGGCCUUUAAGUCGUCGGGCAUUGACUACCUCAGCGAGAUGCUGCCGACGCUCGACAACAUCGUCUCGUACGGCAAGGACACGAUGGCGCAGAAUGCAGAGUACCGCCACAUGAUCAUUGACAUCUUCCAGACGGCCAUGACGAGCGAGCAUCUGGGUGCCGUCGACCACCUUGCGGCCCUGAAGCUGGCCGACGUGAUCCUGCUGCUGCUCAAGGGCUCGAUUGACGAGGCAGUGCCCAGCAUGCUCGCCACCGUGCUUCCGCGCGUCGACCCUUCGCAGGCGGCAACGAGCGCCUCGGAGCGCAAGUGGGCCACGCUCGUCACGCUCGAUGCCUUCUGCUACAACCCCGUGCUGGCACUGCAGGUGCUGCAGUCGCACAAUGCGGCCGACACGUUCCUGCGCACCGUGUGCGCCGAUGCGGCGUCGUUUAAGCGCGUGCACGAUCGCAAGGUCUUCGUCGUGGCACUCUGUGGGCUGCUGGCGCUCCCUGCGGGUCAGCUUCCUGCUGGCGUCCAGACGCUGCUGCCGCAGAUGCUCGAGGCCGUCGUCGACGUGCUGCGCGGCCUGCCCGAGGCCAUCCAAAAACGCAAGGAGGAGAUCGAGGCGUUCGAGGACCUCGAGGAGUCCUUUGCCGACGACGACGAUGAGCUCGAUGAGGACGUGUCCGCGAGCUUCGUCAGCACGGCUGGCGAUGAGGAUGUGCUUGAUGAGGACAACGAGUAUCUCGAGCUGUUGGCCAAGGAAGGUGCCCGUCUGCGCGCUCAGGCCGCCGGCAUCGAGGCCGGCGACGCCUCGGCUGACUUUGAGGAGCUGGAGGACGAGGACGAGGAGGAAGAGGAGAUGGGCUUCGAGUCGCCGAUGGACCCCGUGCCCGUCUUUGAGCUCUUCCGUAGCAUUGCUCCCUCCAUCCAAGCUCUUGCCCAGGCCGCGCCGCCAGCGCUGCAGGCCAAGCUGCAAGAAGUGGCCGCCAUGCCCGACGUCGCUGUGCCCUCGCCUUCUGCCGUGCCUAUCCUCGGCUAGAGCGUGGCGCAGCCAACCCUUGCCAUACAAGCACCAUCCUUAGACAUGCCGAGUGGGACCGAUACUUAAUUCUAUUGCGUCCGUCGCG